AAUCCUACAUCAUACAACAUCACCGUUCACCCUCAACCUCUGAAUUUCUCUACCUCGACAUCGCCAGAUUGUCAACACCUUUGUUCGAUUCGAACACUUCCAAUCGUUAAUAAUACCGUCAACAUGGGUUUCGGAAGAUUUGUUUGCGUCGGCUUGCCGUUUGGCUUGACCCUCGCCAGCCUGGUCUGCAUCAUGAUCGCAAUGCUCGCAGGAAUCUCGAACAAGAGCCUCGAUCUCUUCGAAGUCAAGACCCAGAACCUGUCUAUCUCGUCCUCCGAUCUCCAGAAUCUCGAAAACCUCGUCAAGAGAGAAGAUCAUUUCUCAGCCCUCACCAUCGCCGCUCUGGGCAACGCAGCCGCAACCGCAUCGACAUCCGUCAACAUCACGGCCGCUGAUCUCGGUCUCGCAGACUCCUACAAGGUUUCCCUCUGGAACUACUGCGCUGUCACUGGAAGCAAGACAAACUGCACCUCUGCGAAGUUCAACUGGGCAGCUACGGCACUGAACACAACCACCAUCACGAACCUCGCAAGCUCCACCACAGGCACAACCGUCACUCUCCCCAAGUCUCUAACGAGCGCCCUCCACACCUUCACCAUCUUCUCCAAAUGGACCGAAGUAGUCUACAUCAUCGCAGCCAUCACCUGCGCGAUCGAAAUCGUCCUCUCCCUCUUCGCCUUCUGCUCCCGCGCCGGCUCUUGCAUCACAUUCCUGAUCUCCGGCCUAUCAACCACCACCGUCAUUGCCGCCUCAAUCAUGGCCACCGUCGAAGCCUCCAUCGUGACGGGUGCCAUCGAUUCCGUCGCCAAAGCCUACGGCGCUAAGUCUUCCAUCAACACUUCCUUCCUCGCUACAACUUGGUUGGCAGUCGUGUUCAGCAUCGCCAGCGGCUUCUUCUGGAUGUUCACCAUCUGUUGCUGCGCGGCCGAUCACCACAGCAAGAAAUCCCGCCGCAGCAGGAACGGCGAGGAUGCGGAGAAGCUUAUCCCGUCCGGUGCGUACCAGCGUGUUGAAGAGACUGGAUAUCACGGUGGACAACAGAGCGGAAUCUACAAUGCUCAACAAUAUGCUACGCCAGCGCAUAAUGUAAAGGCUGAGAGAGGAGGCGCUUAUGAGCCUUAUAGCCAUGCUGGUAUUUAAGCUAGGGGAGGAGAGGUUACUUUCUUUAAUGUCUAUGGAUGAUAAGGGGGUCAAGAUGCAGAUGGAAGAGAAGUCUGAAUCUUAGCGUUGCAUUGCGGGCGUUCUGCGGAUCUGGGAAUAGGAUGGGGAUGUAUGUGUAUGA